AUGGCGGACGAGAAUGUCGCAAGCGAACAGGCACCAGAUGCGGUCACUCAGACUAUAGUCAAUGGUGCCGACACCGCCGUAGACACGUCCAAUGAGACACCGCACAAGGAUGUGGCCAUGACAGAGGCGGCAGUCGAUCUAGCUUCUCCCGCUCCUGCGAAUGUCGGCGCGAGUCCAGCGCCAGCUAGGACAGGCACACCCGCUCAAGCGUCUCGCGCGCCCUCAGUACACCCCGACCCAGGAUUCACCCUGCCAUCCGAGGCCGCUCCCAAUGGAGAUUCCACGCGACGAUACUUGAACAACAAAGUCACCGGAGCUCUCCUCGAGGGAAUGAAGAUGCUGGCCAAAGAACAGCCCGACGAUCCGCUACGGGUUCUUGGUGAAUACUUGAUACAGAAAUCGAAAGAGAUCGAAGGCUCGAAUUGA